AUGCAACGCCGCCCAUCGCUGGUGCCUGACUUGUUCCACAUCAAGCGGACUGCGGUAUUGGAAUCUCCACCCUCGGUACGAACGGAGGUCUGCGGGACCUACACCAGCCUCGAGUCUGCUCAAGCCGCUGCUCUUCAGCGACUCGAGAAUGAAGGCUAUUCUCGAUCUUCAUGGGAGGAGUAUGCUGAGAACGACCUUAACAGCGAAGCCUCUCCGUCCUGGCAAUACUCGGCUAGUGUCGUUGUUCACGCCCGCAAAGAUGGCGAAGUCCAUGAUAUCGAGAUUGAAAGCACUCCCAACUCCUUGGGCGUUCGCGCCAGAGCAGGCGGCGGACGGGUAGAGGACCAGCUGUUCUAUGUCCUCCGCACGAUUGAAAGUGAAGAUGGCUCCGUGAACAGCGAGAUCAGAAGCAUCCAUCUCUCCAAACAGGCAGCUGUAACAGCUGCUCUGGGCGAGUUAGUGAGCGGUGAACGAAACAAGGAUUGGUACCGCGAAUACAAAGAAGCAGCGAGCGUCAAUCCGCGAGAUGGAGACGCUGAAGGGCCCGAAGUGGUGGUAAAUGCGCUCGGGCAGACCGGGGAAAGGUAUGUCGUUAGUGUCACUCAUGAAAGCUGAGAACGUCAGGACGCGUCCGGUCUGCUAUCAAGAAUGCUAUUGUGUCUUUGGCCGAGCUGUGAUGGAAAUAUUGGGAUGUGGGUGUAUCAAAAUUGAAAAGGCGACUGUAUCCAGCGAGCUCGUGUGUAAUAGUUAGCAUAAUGUGA